UAUUUUCGUUACGUUUUCGCAGACUUCUUGAUCCCACAUUAAUUUCGCGUGUGGGACAAAUUCCUGCUUCGUAAGAACUUUCUUCUUGGCGUUCCGACUGUGUGAUGGCAGACAACGAACGGCUGAACAUAGAUAGCAUUAUAGCACGUCUCCUCGAAGUCCGUGGAUCUAGGCCUGGCAAGAAUGUGCAGCUUUCGGAGCAAGAAAUCCGCGGCUUAUGCACGAAAUCGCGUGAAAUCUUCCUUUCACAGCCCAUUUUACUUGAAUUAGAAGCGCCAUUGAAGAUUUGCGGGGACAUACAUGGACAGUAUUACGAUUUGCUGCGAUUAUUCGAGUACGGGGGAUUCCCUCCGGAGUCCAAUUAUUUGUUUCUCGGUGACUACGUCGACCGUGGGAAGCAAAGUCUCGAAACGAUCUGCUUACUUCUCGCGUACAAAAUCAAGUACCCGGAGAAUUUCUUCCUUCUCCGUGGCAACCAUGAAUGUGCGUCUAUCAACCGCAUCUACGGCUUCUACGAGGAAUGCAAGCGGAGGUAUAAUAUUAAGCUUUGGAAAACGUUUACUGACUGCUUCAACUGCUUGCCGACCGCGGCAAUUGUGGACGAAAAGAUCUUCUGUUGUCAUGGAGGACUAAGCCCGGAUUUGCAGAGCAUGGAACAGGACAUGCGCAAUAAUGAUCCAGUGCUCGUAAGGGCGAAGGAAAUUGCAUUGCGUGAUUGCUUACAGCCGCGGCAACUCGCGAUUGUUCGAAAGUUUGACGCCGACGAUUACGAGAUCAAAAGUGCGUGUGACGCCUCGCGCGUGUAUGAAGCUCUGAAGAAAGAAAAUCUUCCCGGUGUUUUUGGGUUACUGAGAGAUUUGGUGGUGAUUGACGACGAAGAUGAAGCAGAGAUCUCAGAAGCAUGUCCUCAACUAAGCUUCAUAGUCGUGUCGGACAUCCGGGCCGGUGUGCAAUGCAUUCAGCUGAGUAAAAAACUCCAACUUCCCGCCGCUAGUUUCCUCGUCUUGGAAAUGGCUGAUAAGAUAACCAUGACGAAUCCGGUCGACUACGGGUUCCAGUUUGGUUCCUUUUUUCGCGUUUUGAUGACGCGAAUGGCACCCGGGUUCCUAAUUGAAGGAAGAGAACGGCACUGGGUGCUCAGACUGAAGCCGCUGUUGUGAACACCCCCUUUUUUUGAUAUGUGGAAUGAAUCAUGUGUUUUGUGCGGUUGUUUCAC